CGAAAUAUACACGAGUGGGAUCGAAACGUAUUUUAUUCCUUUGACAAAGAAGUACGAUACUAAUUUGGAAUUUAUUUUAUAUCUGUGUUUGGAAUAUAUUUCAUUUCUUGGCAACGAAAUAUUCACAAGGUUUCAGAAUACAAGUGUACAUUUCAUAUGGCUGAUUUGGAAUACACGUAAAUUGAGGAUUUUGUUGGGGACACGAACAUUUUGUGAUGGGGCAACAUUUUUACGCCUGAAAUAAUAUAACCUUUUCAAAAUGUAGUCAGUUGGUUUCUUUUGGAUUAACAAGAAAACUGUCGGAAUUAAGUAAAUUGAGUAUGGAGAACAGUGUAAAGCGAAGGGAACGCGGGACAACAAAAACACCUAGACCACAUACUAUCUUAAAAAUAAAUUCCAUGUAUCAUGAAAAUAUAUUGUGUGAAAUUUAGUAUAGUACCUAGUUUUAGUGAGAUUUAAGAUUUAAAAUGGCCGGAAGUGGAAACUUCAAUCGUAGACGGAAGGAAGUGUUGACUGAUUUAUACAGACAGGACGGGGAUGGUCUGUUGGAGAGAGACAAAUACAGGGCCGCCUUACAACUCUAUAAUAUGGCGUUGCGCUGUGACCCGGCAGAUGUCAAAUCGCUGAUCAACAGAUCGAAGUGCCACCUGAAACUGAACCAGAUAAGAAAGGCGACAGACGAUAUUGAUACAGCUCUUCACCUCGACAAUUUAGACAAAGAGGCGCUGUUGCAGAAAGCCGAAGUCCUAUUUAAGACCCAAAAUUACGAGAUGGCGCUAGUGUAUUAUAACAGGGGACUGAAACACUACCCGAAGAGUGUGGCUUUCCAGGAGGGAGUGAAGAAAACUGAUCACUUCAUCACCAAGGGCAACCGCAAAAAAGCUAAGAGGAUGAAGUUAACACACGCCGGAGAUCUGACAUACCUCGUCCACAAAUCGCCAUCAGGCAAACCGUUUGUGUUUGAGAACAAAACAAAGAGCCUGACGAAACAUUUACCAAAGCCUAGUGCAUCAUUUCGAGAUCGUCCUCUGUGUCAGCUAAUCAGAAUUCACAAGACACCUGCAGUCGUCCUUCCGCGUGUGAUGUCACUUCCUAACCUGUCGCAUACGCCAUCUACUUCCGUUGCCACCCUCAAUGAGGAAGAUAAACGUCCGGAGAGUAAGAUGGUGAAAACAACAUUAAAAGAGCUAUAUAAAGACAAAAAAUAUCUGGAAAAACUCUCCAGUAACACCGUCUUUCCAGCUGUUGGCGGUAUGGGAAGCCCUAUACAAGACAAGGCAGAGGAUGCUGUUAACUUUCUAUACGAUCGUUACCAUUACUGGAAUCGGCUGGGUCCACUCCCGCCUCCCCCACCUCUACAGAAGUCACGAGCGAGCAGAUAUAGUGGAAGUUCGAUGUCAGUAGAUUCACUGGGAACAGCUCGGACGACUGAGUCAAAAACAACAUGGAAAUCUGGGGAAUCCGGAAUGAGCUGGAAAACUAAGACAAUUAAAUCGAGAUUAGGAAUCACAAAGCCCGAUAAAGGAACAAAACCUAAGCCGGACCCGGCAUCACUGGAAUUUAAGUUUGAAAGCCACAAUCCUAGCAUGGACCUUGGCACACGGAGAAUGACUGAAAUUGCCGAAGAAAAUGAGGACUCAACCGAUUCAAAACAGACUGAAGAGGAAACAAAAUCCAACAGCCAAGCAGUGACGGAUUAUCUGAAAAAACAAUUAGAUAUUAUUCAGACACUUUUUGCACAAAGGAGAUUUGCGGACACCGUCAAGAAAUGCGAAGCGGGGCUUGAACUGUUGGCGAAAUAUUCUGAUGCUAAUGUUCCGGAAAAGUUUGAAAUGACGGGCUUACUCAACAGUUACCUUGGAAACGUGGCGGUUAAUGCUGGUGAUUUUACUAGAGCCUUAAAACACCACACAGUUGACCUGAAGAUAGGCGAGAAAUGUGACAUCCAAGUCUCCCGUCACAGAGCGCUUGGCAAUCUAGGUCGGACACACAUGCUGCAGGGGAAGUAUAACAGGGCACUAGAAAUGUACACGAUGAAAGCUCCGUUAUGUAAGACAGCUGCAGAAUCGUCAGCUUUGUUUCACGACAUCGGAAACUGCUUCCUCAUGCUAAACAACUUCUCAUAUGCACGUGACGCCGGAAGGAAGUCACUAGAAACUGGACAGGAGGCAGAUGACAGACGGCUCCAGCUACAGGCAUGCGUCUUGAUCGGUCUUUCUGAAGUUAACAUGAAGAAAUUCAAAGAUGCUUACAACUCGUUUGAUGCUGGACUGACGCAUGCGCAGGCUUUGGGUGACAAGCAGGCUGAAGAUGCUAUGAAUCAUGCUCUUAUAGAUGUCAACAAGAAGCUGGCAAACAAGUCGAAGAAAAAUCAGUCGGAGUCACGUGACAUAUAUCCACCAUCUUCCCACGCGUCUGACUCGGCACGAUCAGUCAUGGUUGAAAGUUGAAAUCGAUGAUUCUAUCAUUGAUGAUAAAAUCAAUUGAAAGUGUGACGUCAGAAACGUUAAAUGACGUCAUAAGGAGCUAAUGCCAUCACAGACACUAGUGUACAUUGCUUGAAGUGACCUGAUUUGUUUCAGUACUUAUUGAUGUUCGUCUCUAUGGAAAUGUCAAAGGAAAAGCGUUGUUUUGAUGGUAUUUUCUUUUUAUCAUUUCAUUCUGAACAUAAUUCAUCUAAUUCGUAAGCUGAAGCUGCACUUUUACGUUAUCAAAAUUAAAUUAGGUCCAGUUAAACUCAUCUCGACUAGAGUUCGCCGACAGACGAUAGGUGGUUACUCUCUAAAAGAUAUUAAUGCUUUUUAUCCAAACGUAUAACUCAAAUAUGUAUGGAUUAAAUUCUUGCAAUGUUUAUAAAAAAUAAAGGACAUGAUGGAUCAAAUAUGAUCAAUUUGUCGAAAACAUAGGGAUAUGGAUACAUGCUGGUUACAUGAACAAUAGAUUAUAUUCCAUUAAUUAUAAUUCAUGAACAAGAAUCAGCGCGAUAUUGUACUAUAGCUGUGAAGUAACAUGAAGGUAACAUUUUAUCUUGUCGAAACAUCCCCUAUAGGUAAGUUCUCUGAUUUAACUGUGGUCCCUCUAAUACACCACAACACAAGUUAUUGAUAUGUCAUAUAUAAAUAAUUCUGCUGAAUCCAAUGACGCCCCAUGGUUCCCCAGUAUUUAAUGAGUGAUUGUUGAUUGAAAUUAGUUGUGGUGGACCAACCUCGGAGUUUGUUAUACAUAUUUCUCUACACGAUUUACAAGUGAUAUAUACCCUUCAAGCUAAUUGUUACUUACCUGCUUUGAAAGUAAAUAAAACAAUUUCAAUAAACUAUUUCUGCUGUUGUUUGUUCAAUUUCAGUCACUUGAGUGUUAAAUUUCAACAUGGUUGUCUAGAAUAACAUUUAGGCCGUUUCAGUGUCAGAUGACAAGUAGUAUUAUAAGGGUUAUACAGGAGUUCAAUCAUGUAAAAUACAAAAUUGUUAGCUUAGAUUCGGACCAUCAUUCUCCUUUCUGUGAUUUAUAGAUGAUGAAUCGUCAAUAGUGAAAAUAAAACAAUAAAACCCGUUUUAUAUAAUUCAUCGUUAUAUUUAUUGAUAAGCAAAGCAUUCAUUUCAUGGUCAUGUUCCAUAACAUAAUGCGUAAUAAAUUAUUGUCAUAGUUUGUAGGAAUGGAAUUGUUCUUAUAUUUCAUUAAAUAUUGCAUAAUCUGACUGAUAAAGAUCCUCUCCCCCGAAAAACGGGAAAAGAAA